AUGAACUUGAAAGCCUCGUCGUUCUUCGCUGUCGCCCUCGCCACUUUGGCCACUGCCCAAUCCGGCCCUUGGGGUCAGUGCGGUGGUAAUGGCUGGUCGGGAUCCACCUCUUGCGUCUCCGGCUACACCUGCACUGUCGUCAACGAAUGGUACAGCCAAUGCCAGCCCGGUUCCAGCAACCCCCAACCCCCUGUGACCACCCCCAACCCUCCCGUCACCAACCCCAACCCUCCCCCGCCCGCCAACACUGGCGCUCCCACCUCGCCUCCCCCAACCUCUGGCAACCCCACCCCCAGUGCUGAGGGUCGCCAUGACGGUUACUUCUACUCGUGGUGGACUGACGGUCAAGGCCGUGCCUGGUACACCAACGGCCCUGGUGGUACCUUCAGCAUCCAGUGGUCCGGAAACGGUAACCUCGUCGGCGGUAAGGGAUGGAACCCUGGUAUCGUCAACCGAGUCAUCAGCUACAACGGUACCUACAUGCCCAACGGCAACAGCUACCUCGCCCUCUACGGCUGGACACGCAAUGCUCUCAUCGAGUACUACGUCGUCGAGUCCUACGGCACCUACAACCCCGCCUCAGCUGCUCAGAGGAAGGGAACUGUCACCUGCAACGGUGCCAGCUACGACGUCCUCUCCACCUGGCGCAACCAGCAACCCUCCAUCGACGGUACCGCCACCUUCGAGCAGUUCUGGUCCGUCCGAAACCCCAAGAAGCAGCCCGGUGGACCCAUCAGCGGUGUCAUUGACUUCCCUUGCCACGUCGCUGCUUGGGAGAGGGCUGGCAUGCGCCUUGGCUCGAGCCACUACUACCAGGUCAUGGCUCUCGAGGGCUACUUCAGCAGCGGCUGGGGUACCAUCACCGUUUCCGGCAACCCCAACUAG